CUCUCAUCCUUGGGCCCACCUCGACUGUUAGUGUCCCGAUUCAAAUUAUUAUAUAAUUGACACGUCAUUGGAUGAUAUAUUAUUUUAUUAUAUUUUAGGCGUUGAAUGUAUGACCGAGAAAUUAUAGAGGUUGGCGGGUCGGGUUCAAUAAUUUGUAGGGUUGGGUCCACAGCCACCUCCUCGGACAGCGGCGCCGCUGCUCUUCACCCACCUCCACCUUCCUUGUUUUUCUCUCUCUAUCAAUUUUUUUUUAUUUUAUAAAUAAUUUCUCGAUUUUUUCCUUCCAAUUCCAUUUCCGCCAUUCUCUCUCAGUUUCUAUUUUAGAAAAAAAAAAUUAUUAGCUUCAAAAUAUUUUAUUUUUAUUUUGGGAUUUUUGAAGAAAACAAAUGAAAGGAGAUUCCACCGCUACCGGUGUACAUCCGCUGUUUAAGCACUUUUCCAACCCCAGCUCCGCCGUAACCGACGGCUCCACCAUCGAGGUGGUGCGGCGGCCGAGGGGUCGACCGCCAGGGUCUAAAAAUAAACUGAAACCGCCUCUUGUCAUAACCCGGGAAAACGACUCGGCUAUGCGGCCGUAUGUUCUAGAAGUGCCUGGAGGAAACGACGUCGUUGAAGCAAUUUCGCGAUUCUGUUGUCGGAAGAAUAUGGGUCUUUGUGUUCUUAAUGGCUCUGGGACGGUUGCGAAUGUUUCUCUCCGGCAACCCUCUGCAACUGCCGGCGCCGCCGUCACGUUUCAUGGCCGGUUUGAAAUACUUUCCAUUUCGGCCACUGUGUUUCCUCAAACGACGGCGUUUCCUCUUCCCAAUGGCUUCACCAUCUCCCUUGCUGGACCUCAGGGACAAAUUGUCGGCGGGUUGGUCGCCGGCGCCUUGAUUUCCGCUGGUACGGUUUUUGUCGUUGCCUCGUCGUUCAAUAACCCCUUGUACCACCGGCUACCGGAUGAGAAUGAGAUUCAGAAUUUGGGAUCCGGCGGCAGCGGCGAGGCUCAUUCCCCACAUGUCUCCGGCGGCGGAGAUAGUAGCGGGCACGGCCACGGGCAACCACUUCUGGAAUCGUGUGGAGUGGCUAUGUACAGUUGCCACACACCGUCCGACGUAAUAUGGGCGCCGACGGCGAGGCAACCGCCGCCAUACUGAUCCAUAACUUUACGUUCUGUGUUUUUUUUUUUUUUUUUUUUUUUUUUUUU